GCCCCCAACCCUUUUCAAAGUUCAAAGCAAAUGACCACACAAAAAUGGCGUAAUCAUGUUCUCAUUCACUUGCUACGCAGUUCUCACCUACCGCUUUCCUCGCUGUCUCCAAACUCUCCCUUCCUUAAAAGGGCAAAGCCCUCUCUUAUUCUUCCUUUCACGUAACCAGACACCAACCUCCCGAAAGAAACCUUUUCGAUUCCGAAAUCUCUCCCUGUCAAGACGAAGACCAAUGGGUUCCCUCUCAGCCCUCGAACGACCAUUACAGUAUCCAAUCGCUCGCCGAGACGACAUUAUAAUUGACGAUUACCAUGGUGUAAAAAUUGCAGAUCCCUAUCGCUGGCUUGAAGAUCCUGAUGAUGAGGAAGUGAAAGGGUUUGUACAGGAACAAGUUAAAUUGACAGAAUCAGUAUUACAGACAUGUGAUGCAAGAGAAAAACUUCGUGAAAAAAUCACCAAGUUAUUUGAUCACCCGCGAUAUUAUACGCCGUUCAAGCGAGGGGACAAGUAUUUUUACUUUCAUAAUACUGGGCUUCAAGCACAAGACGUCCUCUUUGUGCAGGAUAGUUUAGAGGGAGAGCCAAAGGUUUUGCUUGAUCCUAAUGGACUUAGUGAGGAUGGGACAGUGUCCUUGAAUACACUUUCGCUUAGUGAGGAUGCUAAGUACUUGGCUUAUGGGCUUAGUACGAGUGGAAGUGAUUGGGUUACAAUUAAAGUUAUGCGUGUUGAGGAUAAUAUAGUUGAGGCUGAUACUUUAAAUUGGGUUAAGUUUACCGGUAUUAGUUGGACACAUGACAGCAAAGGGUUUUUCUAUAGCCGAUACCCUGCUCCCAAGUAUGUAUCUACCUUUCUAAAUGAAUUAAGAUGGGGGUGUAGCUUAUCUAGGCAUAAUGAUAUUGACAGAUGGUUCGGGGAAUUUAAUCGAUUAGAAUUGAUAACUGCUUUGAAUUUUAGUUAUUUAAGUGUAAGAGAGGGAGAAAAUUUAGAUGCUGGGACGGAAACUAAUGCAAAUCUUUAUCAUGAGCUAUACUACCACUUUGUGGGUACGGAUCAAUCCGAAGAUAUACAAUGCUGGAGAGAUUCUGAGAACCCCAAAUACAUGUUUGGAGCUGGUGUGACUGAUGAUGGAAAGUAUCUUCUCCUAUAUAUUUCAGAGAAUUGUGAUCCAGUCAACAAAGUAUACUACUGUGAUAUGUCAGCAUUUCAUGAUGGCCUUGAAGGUUUUAAGGGAGGAAACGCCCUGCUCCCUUUUAUUAAGCUAAUUGAUGACUUUGAUGCCCAGUAUCAGGAGAUAGCAAAUGAUGAUACUGUAUUUACUUUCUUGACUAAUAAAGAUGCCCCCAGAUAUAAAGUAGUCCGGGUUGAUUUGAAGGAGCCAAGCAGUUGGAUUGAUGUUGUUCCAGAAUCUGAAAAGGAUGUCCUUGAAUCAGCAUUUGCUGUUAAUGGUGAUAAAAUGAUUGUCUGUUACCUGAGUGAUGUGAAGUAUGUAAUACAAAUAAGGGAUUUAAAAACAGGAUCUCUGCUGCAUCAAUUACCAACUGACAUUGGUUCAGUUACUGGGAUAUCGGCAAGGCGAAGGGAUAGUACAGUAUUUAUUGGGUUUACUAGCUUUCUCACCCCUGGAAUAAUAUAUCAAUGCAAUCUAGACUCCGAGGUUCCUGACAUGAAAAUAUUUCGUGAAAUUAGUGUGCCAGGAUUCAAUCGAUCGGAGUUCCAAGUGAAUCAGGUUUUUGUGCGUAGCAAGGAUGGUACCAAGAUACCGAUGUUUAUUGUGGCCAAGAAGAAUAUAACAUUGGAUGGGUCACACCCAUGUUUGUUAUAUGCCUAUGGUGGAUUUAACAUUAGUAUUACACCAUCAUUUAGUGUCAGUCGAAUUGUUCUGACAAGGCAUUUAGGUUCUGUUUUCUGCAUUGCAAAUAUUCGUGGUGGUGGAGAAUACGGUGAGGAAUGGCAUAAAGAGGGCUCACUUGCGAGAAAGCAGAAUUGCUUUGAUGACUUCAUUUCGGCUGCUGAAUACCUUGUAUCUGCUGGCUAUACCCAACCAAAGAAGUUGUGCAUUGAAGGUGGAAGCAACGGCGGGCUGCUUGUUGGGGCUUGCAUAAAUCAGCGACCCGACCUCUUUGGUUGUGCUCUGGCUCAUGUUGGUGUUAUGGACAUGCUGCGAUUUCACAAGUUUACCAUAGGUCAUGCUUGGACUUCUGACUUCGGCUGUUCAGACAAGGAGGAAGAGUUCGGUUGGCUAUUCAAGUACUCGCCACUGCAUAAUGUUCGUAGACCAUGGGAACAGCAUCCUGAACAACCUUCUCAGUACCCAUCUACCAUGCUAUUGACUGCUGAUCACGAUGACCGAGUUGUGCCGUUACACUCACUGAAGUUAUUGGCUACCAUGCAAUAUAUUUUGUGCACGAGCUUGAAGAACAGUCCCCAGACCAAUCCAAUAAUAGGUCGCAUUGAUUGUAAAGCUGGACAUGGAGCUGGACGCCCGACUCAAAAAUUGAUUGAUGAAGCAGCUGAUAGGUAUAGCUUCAUGGCAAAGAUGUUGGACGCUUCUUGGACUGAGUAGGAUCAGAUUUGGAAUAAAACAAGGAAAAUAUGCAUUUGAUUGAUGAAAAAAGGACAAAUAGCAAAUGCUUUGCUCAAAUUGUGUCCAUCAUUCACAACUACGUAAAAGAUUUUCUUUUUGUUAUGAAUUUUCAGAUUCUAAUCACCUGAAAAUCACAACCCAUUUCUCUCAA